AAAUUCUUGGUUUAUUAUCAGAAUUUAGCCUAACGAUCCCUGUUCCUACCGCCCCUUUGUUUAAUAUUGCGUGACAUGGUUGAUUGACCACCCUCUAUGCGUGACAUCUUGUGACUGCACACGUGAGGACGCCGUGACUCGACGCAACAAUAACAAACACGCGCUCCGAGAGACUCAUUUAUAACCUUCAGCUCUUUAGCAGUCCUCCACAUAAGGAUAUAUUAGCUACAAUUAUGCCGUUCAUUCGAGAAUUAGUUGUAAUUUUAUCGCUAUUUUUCGUCGGUUCUGCGAAGGCUCGAUCGAUCCAACAUCCAACAAGAGAUGGCUUGUAUACAAAUCGACCAAUAAUAGGCAUUUUAGCCCAUGACAUUGAUGAUGAUAUCAUUAAGAAGUAUGGCAAGUCGUUUAUCCCUGCUUCCUAUGUCAAAUACUUGGAGUCAGCUGGCGCGAGAGUUGUGCCCAUAAGGGAUAAUCUUACUAGUGACGAACUCAAGAGUUUAUUCUUAAAAAUCAACGGCGUUCUGUUUCCUGGUGGCGAUAGCGAUCUAUGGAAGUCCGGGUAUGCCCGUACCGGCGCUGCCAUAUUUGACCUUGCCAUGGAGGCGAAUGAUAACGGCGAUGUGUUUCCGUUAUGGGGAACAUGUCUGGGAUUUCAGUUACUGCAUGUGCGGGCGGCCAAAGGGAAGGAUGUUCUCACCAAGUGCAGCGGCGAGAAUGUCAGUCUGCCUCUUAAUUUUACCGAUGGUUAUAAGGACAGCCGUAUGUUCCGAAAUGCGCACAAUGAUGUCACGCAAGACAUGGCUAAACUCGGCGUUACCCUAAACAUGCAUGUGAAUUGCGUGACUGUCGAGACCUAUGAAAAAGAAUCUUCAUUGAGCAGCUUUUUCAAGAAGUUAUCCACCAAUAUGGAUAAGGAUGAUAAAGUGAAAUUCGUUUCCACCGUAGAAGGGCUGAAGUACCCGUUUUAUGGUACCCAGUGGCACCCUGAAAAAAACCAGUUCGAAUGGACGUACGAGGAAAAUAUCAACCAUUCCUCUGAGGCGGUCAAAGUAGCGCAGUAUGUGGCGAACUUCUUUGUAGAUCAAGCGAGGCUGAGUAAACACCGCUUCAGCAGCAGAGAGGAAGAAAGUGCUGCGCUUAUCUAUAAUUACCAACCAAUCAAGUGCUUCCCCGAUGUCACGCACUACGAGCAGUGUUACUUUUUUUGAUGCGGGAGAAUGCUGUCAUGCAAUCUACAAUUACCAUACCGACCAAUCGAGUGCUUCCCUGAUGUCACGCACUACGAGCAGUGUUACUGUUUUUGAUAAGGGAGCAUGCUCUUUAGUAUAAUACAGACUACCACAUCGGAUACUAUGGGGUUGCUGUCAUGCAAACUGCCAAUGCCUUUGGUCUACUGUACCACAAACAUGUUUGUUUUACUAUUCCCAUUUUUCACACUGGCCGAAACCACCUCAAGAUUUGCUCUGGUGAUGCAAGGGCAGUAAGGGCACCCACGCACCAUAUAGCAAAAGCCUGGGGCGACCUCAAACAGUGCAAGCACAGGCUUACCACUCUUAUGUUAUUCGCUGAAGGGAUCUCGGGUUUUUUUUGUUUUUUCUGUCGUAGAAUAAAGGUCUAAAAAACACCA